GUGACCAUCGCCAAAAAGAACGGCUGCAUAUUUAUGGCAGCCUAGUUUCCAAGCCAAAGAUCUGCUUCUUAUCAAUGAAAUGCAUCAACUUUCAGCACCAAGUGGCCAUUUUACAUUUCCCAAUCGAAUAACGCAACCGCCUCAAACUCGGACCUCGAAUUGAAUGGGACUGAGGCUGUAACCGCGGCGGAACGUUUUCGCGUUGAAACUGCUGGUUGCCAAAGCUGGGAUUUGUUCAAUUCGUUCCGAAAAGCCAACCAAAUUCAAGGCAGUCACUCUACACCCGAAGUUAUUGUUGAGGACCCCUUUUUAUCUAGACCUUGAAAGGCGAACCAGAGCUCACAAACGUCAAACUCUGUUGUAAUGUGAAGAGCCUGAAGACAAAAGCCAUGGGUGGUUUUGUAAUAUUAUUGUAAGUCCAAAAUAAAUAAAUAAAUAAAACCAGCGGGGAGUAGCCUCUGAUCCAGUGCCCUUUCAACGUCUUAAAAGCCAACUUCGACAUCCGCCCCAUCUCACCAGUCCUUUAUUUUUCUAAUGUAACAACUACAUCUUUCAAUCUGUCAUGACCUGGGAUAAUAUCCACCAAAAUAUUGCAGAGAAAUUAAGGUGUUGUUAAGGAUCAUCAAGAUAUGGGUACUCAACUCAGGGCAAGUUGCUUUCAUCACAAUGGUUGUUGUAAUAUACCCAGUUCAAUUUCAACACCUGAGGCAACAUUAUUGCAUUUUUAUUCUUCAUCCAUUCUGUCAAAACUUAAUGAUCCUUUUAACAAAAACAAGAGGUUGGUUUUAGAGACAUAUCUUAGUUUCAGUUCUAAUAAGGAGAGAAAUGCUGCGACUGUGAGAAGAGGAAGAAUAGGUAGAAGAAAAAGUUUUGGUCAUGGAAUUGUGGCAUCAAGCAACGUGGCUGCACCACUCUGGGAUAGUUGGAAACCACAAAAGGCUUCUUCUGAUCCUUCUCUCAGUGACAUCCUUUGGCCCUCUGCAGGAGCAUUUGCGGCUAUGGCAAUCCUGGGAAAGAUGGAUCAAAUGCUGGCUCCGAAAGGACUUUCAAUGACAAUUGCACCACUAGGGGCUGUUUGUGCGGUGCUUUUUGCCACUCCAUCUACCCCUGCUGCUCGGAAAUACAAUAUGUUCAUGGCUCAGAUUGGUUGCGCUGCCAUUGGUGUUGUUGCGUUCUCUAUAUUUGGACCUGGUUGGCUUGCUAGGAGUGCUGGCCUUGCUGCUGCCAUUGCUUUCAUGAUCUAUGCUCGUGCUACACACCCACCAGCUGCAAGCUUGCCAAUCCUUUUCAUUGACGGGGUUAAGUUGCAUCAAUUGAAUUAUUGGUACGCUUUGUUCCCUGGUGCUGCUGGCUGCAUCAUCCUUUGCUUAAUUCAAGUGAUGGUAAGUUACAUGAAGGAGAAUUUCAAAUUUUGAUCUUCAAAGAUUCUCUUUACAUAGAAUUCGUUUGCUACGCUCUGCUGGAGCCUGGAGGGCAACUGAGCACCUUGUCUGUAUUAUCUUUGCCAUGGCCAGAUUUCAGUCACUUGUGAUCUCUCUCUUUUUUUUUUAAUUUUUUUUUUUUAAAGACUAAAUUAAUCAUAUUAAAUAGCUGAAAUCAAUGAUCGGUUUUAUAUCUGCUUCAUGAAUUCAAUCAAUCAGACUUAUUUUGUGAAAUCGAGAAAAGUAAAGAAACAGUGAAGUUACAGUGUACAGGGACAUACAGACACUCAUGCUGAUUCAUUUGGUCUGUGCCCAUCCCAAGAAGAACUUUAGAGCCUUUGCUUUGCUUUGCAUUGGAAUGCCAAUAAAAUGAUGUUACUUUUA